UUGCCAAAAUAUUUGUGUAUAUAGUAUUGGUUCGAUCGGUAUACAAGUAACAUCAACAACAAAAUGUUACUAACAGUACCUUUGCUAAACAAAGGCACCCUUUUGGGUUCCUUGAUUAACAAAUGCAGGCAAGUUGUAGGAAUUAAGAACAAUAAGCAUGUAGAGAUUAAUUUGAAACCAAACAUAUCUAAUUCCCCAACGCUAUCAACUUUAAAUCUACCAUCAUCAUCCACCACGCUGACCCCCAACCCGACGACACCUUUGCUAAAUGUCAAUGACACUAACAGACCCAUCGCGGUAGCUAAUUUAAGCCUGAGUAGCCCAGCAUUGGCCAGUAGUACUAAGCUGACGAUAGAACAGCAAGUUGGCCUGCCGGUAAGGCCAAAGAAACCAUUGACCCCAUACUUCCGUUUUAUGAACGAUUUGAGACCAAAGAUUUUGGCGCAAAGUCCCAAUUUGCCACUAAUUGAGGUGGUAAAGCAAGUUUCCAAAAAAUGGGAAACAGCUGAUCCCUCAUUGAAACAGCGUCUGCAGGAAGAGUACAAAAAGGAACAACAGGAGUACAUCGAGAAGCGAAUGAAGUAUGAUUCCAAAAUUACCGAUGAACAACGUAAUCAAAUUAAGGAAUUGAAGCAGGAGAAAAUCGAGGCUAAAGAACGUCGUAUGAUGCGUAAACGUAUUAAGGAUUUGGGACGUCCCAAGAAGCCAGCAUCAGCAUUUAUACGCUUCAUUGCCAAAGAGAGAAUACGUACACCACAAUCGCCGAAGCAAACGUUCCGUGAAUGGCAUGAAACGGCAACGAAAAAGUGGGCUUCCCUGUCACAAUCCGAAAAGGAUAUUUACAUGCAGGAAUCCCGCAAAGAGUUCGAAACAUAUAAGAAAGAAAUUGCCGUGUGGGAAGAGAAAAUGAUACGCAUGGGCCACAUUGAUGUUGUACGCCAGGGCAAUCUUAUUGAUCCACCAGAAGUUAAAACAAAGAAACGUUAA